AUGAAGAAGUUUGUGGCGGCGACUUUGAUCGCUUUGGUGGGUAUGAUGGGUGUUGGGAGUACGAUGGAGAUGCCGCCUAGAGAUGCGACGGCACCUUUUGGCAAUGCGACGCAUUAUUUCGACAAGCAGGCGGGCAGAAUGAUGAAGCAUUUCGCUGGCUGGAGCGACGGGACGUAUUUCAAGGAGCAGGGCACGAAUAAAUCGAUCAAGCAUUUCGAUUGCGAUGUCACUCACGGCAAGGCCUCUGACCAUUUCCAAAAGACGGUCCAGCGUCUUCACUCCGCUCACAAGAAAAGUAGCCAAGGUUCCCGUGCUGCGAGGUCGCUGGUUGAACGUCAGACUGUCGAGCCCGCGAUUCAGGAUAUCCCCUUGUUCAUUCACGUCAUUACUACGCAAGCCGAAGCAGGCGUUAUCACGCAACAGAUGGCCAACGACCAAGCGGCUGCCUUGAACACCGUCUACAAUAAAUACGGCAUCUCCUUCUCCCUCCAAGGCACAACCUUCACCGCCAACGACGCCUGGGCCGUCGUCGCCGGGGCCGACAUGGAUGCUUUGAAGCAGUCACUCCGUCAAGGAAGCUACAGCGCACUGAACCUCUACUUCCACACCGACCUCGAUGGCGGUAUGCUCGGGACCUGCACCCUCCCGUCCAACGUGCCCCCUGGAUCAGCCCCGAGCGAAUACUUCGAGGACGGCUGUAAUUGCAACGCCUACACCAUGCCCGGCAGCACCAUGUACGGCUACAACCAAGGCAUGACGGCCGUCCACGAAACAGGCCACUGGCUCGGUCUGCUCCACACGUUCGAAGGCUACGCUUGCUCGGGUAAUGGCGAUUUCAUCGCCGAUACGCCUUUUGAGAGCGUGUCGACGAAUGGGUGCCCGGAGAGUCCGUGGAAGAACUCGUGUCCCGGUGUUUCUGGGGGUGAUCCGAUUAGGAAUUAUAUGGAUUAUUCUGUUGAUGCUUGUUAUGCGCGGUUUACGGCGGGACAGUUGGCGAGGAUUGGGACGAUGUGGCAGCAGUAUAGGCAGGGACAGUAG